AUGACAGGUAAGAAAGGAUUUAAAGACGCGUACCUAAACAUAGGAACAUUUUUGCAGGGUUCUCUAUAGUGAUUGUCUAUCUCCUGGCAGUUUAUACUAAUGGAGUACAAGCACAAGGUGAGCCUUGGUAUGCAAACGCGCUCCGCUGCACUCACGACUUUGCAACUCCCAGUUUAGUGGGAAAAACCUAACAUUUUAAAUGUAAUUUCAAGAAAAAUGCAUUUAGAAAAGUGCUGCGUGCAGCGGAGCAUGUUUGCUUAGCCGAACGGGUUAGAAAUACAGGCAAAAACGUAGAAAUGCCUCUGAAAUCGCAUAAAUUCGUGUCGAGACCCGAUCGCAAUUUUUUAGCUCCGCCCAUUGCUCAACUCCUCAACGACACUCGUUUGUUGUCUCGAGUUAUCGAUGUAAUCUGGCUGGGACAAGAACUAUCCACAAAAGAAUCGGAAAUCAUUGGCCAACUGAUGGAAGUCGGCGAAGGAUUGACACUGGAUGGGCUCGUCGACGACUUGCAAUCGGAAUUGGGCGAUAUCCCAAUCCGAUCGGCGGACAAUUUCUCCUGUCGUCCCUUAGUGUGUCCGGAUUUCAUUCAUACUCCUUUCAUCGAAAGCGUCAAAGUUUUCGGCGAGAAAUUUACGGAACUCAAUGAAGAACUGGGUGGUCGCGUGUUGCAAGAGUUCAAACGCUUCCUGGACCUGGUCAUUCAUUCCCAAAAGUAUCCAAGCCUCAUCGAGACGCUCAUCGAUUCGAUUGGUCAGAUCCCGAAUUUUCAACGACCACAAAAUUUGAAGACUUUUAUAAAUUCGAUGAGAGACGGACUGAGCGUCGCGACGACCUUUGAGAAAAGCUUUAAAUCGGCGAAUUCGACGCUUCUGGACGCUCAGGACGAUCUUUUGGCUCAAGUUUCGAAGGUCAGGGGCCUUAUAGACAACUUUCCGAACCAAUACGUAUUUAAAAAAGUGCGAGAAGAAGCGCCGAAUGUUGAGAUUCUAUUGACGCGUUUCCAAGAGUUGUGGGGCCUGAGAACCCUCAAAAAACUUCAAAAGUUCACAGAGGACCUCGAAAAACUUCCCGCAAAACCCGGACAUCUCCAUCUGUUUCUCAAGGACUUUGAGGAGAACGAUCUGCAAAAAAUCAAUAAAAUGGUGUCAAAUCGAAAAGGCGCCGAAAAACUUGCCACCCUACUAGAGCCGAUUCUCACUUUCCACGCGGAUUUUGAGAAAGUGCUCGACGCCUGGACAAAAAUUGGUAUUUCGUACAAUAUGGUAUGUGGCGGGGAAUCUUCGCGAAUUCUUGAGAAUCUUAUGGAAGUUUCGAAAUAUUUGAAAUGCACAAAAGACCUCAACUUGGACCCUAGGGUUUCGCCGACAUAUUGGACGAGUUUGGAGACGAAAUUCGGGACGUUCGACGUGGAAUUUAAAAACUUUAUGACAGCAAUUCAAGGCACUGAUGAUGGCUUUUCCGAUGAGCUCAUCUCAAAGUUUCAAGCUCAAUUUUCGCUUAAAAAUAAUAGCGUAAUCUUGGAAAACCUCAAAAUGUUCCCAAAUUUGACCGAGGUCCAAUCAAGGCUUACACAGCGAAAAGACGAUAUUCAAAAAGUGAUGAAUCAAGGGAAAACGUACUGGAGUUCGCUCUUGCCGGACUUUGAAUACGCGUACAAAGCGGUGCUCGAUUGGAAAGAAGCAACUGGCGCCAACAAGGCUUUAAAGUGUGUUGAGCCGAAAAAAGCGGAAGACGCGAUAAGUGGGUUCAUGAAUUUGACAUCAUCUCUCUAUCAAGUUCGUGCAAAUCUCGGGAGUGGCAAUUUGGACGAACUUAAAAAGCGAGUCAAAUCUAUCGGAGAAGGUCCCGUGGAAGCGUACAAGCUUUUCCGAGCCGCCCGAAAAUUUCAAAAAGUGCCGGACCGCCGAAUUCCAGUGCUUGAGAAUGUUGAGCGCAUCUCCGCAGAGCUUCAUUCGGCUGUCGAAUCGAUGGAAAUCAUUUGGAACUCGUGGUGUCGACGCGAAGAGCUCAAAGCACUUCUGCAGUCGAACGGGAAGCAAAGAAAUGAAAUCGCAACGUUUCUCGGCGAACUUUUGCGGGCUUUUGAUGAGAUUGACGGGAGCUCGAGCGAAAGAGUGAAUUUCUGGACACGAAUUUCGAAACUUCAGCGUUUUCCGGCCGUCAAAUUUAACGAAGUCGACGUGGAGCUAUGUUUCGCGAAUGGGACCGCUCAAGAAGAACUGCUGAUGAGUCUCGUGAAGAUCGAUUUGCGAUUUGCCGCCCGGUUCGAUGCGAUCGAGGCGUAUUUCAUGGAGUUGUGCGGCGAAAAACCGCCGAUGGUGCUCUGGGUGAGUGUAAAUUUACAUUUGUUUCUGAAAAAAUAGCAUAAAACCCGGAAAAUUUCGCGUGAUUUUUCAUGAAAUGUGUGACACAACUGCUCGAAUGCACAGAAUUGCUUACCGUAUCAUGAGAAGGGUAAAAAAUUUGCCGGCGAAACGUUCACAAAGUUACGACAAGAAGUUGAUGAUUUUCGCGAAAAAUCACAUUUUAUUCAGAAAACGCCGAUGGCGAAAGAAAACCUUGACCUGGUUUACCAAUGCCUCGGCCUGCUCUUCCUCGGCUCUCUUCUGUUCGUUGCGACCCGAGAAUUGUAUUGGGAAUUUAUCGGAAUCGGAUUUUGUGGCAGUUUUCAAGAGCAGGAAUUGAAUGAGGAAGGCGAUAAUCUCGAUUGGAUGGACGAGUCUGACGAGGAAUUUUCGGAACACUGA